AUGAGCUCGUCUCUUGGACCACUUCUAGCUGACAUAUUCAUGGGCAAGCUGGAUAAAUUUCAAUUAAGUGACCAGAUCCACCGGUUAAAACACUAUGGUCGCUACAUGGAUGAUAUCUUCGCCAUCGCUGAAACCGAAACCGAUGUAGACGCACUCUUGAACAUUAUCAGCCAAGCACAUUCAUCCAUUAAGUUCACGUAUGAGGUGGAAACGGCAGGUUCUCUUCCCUUCUUGGACGUCCUCCUAAGUCUUCGUCCUGACGAUAGCGUCCAAACGUGCGUUUAUGGAAAGGAAACCUGGUCCGGACAGUACACGAAUUUUAAAAUUUUUUGUACCCCUUCAACAGAAGCGAAAUCAAGUCCGCUGCUUAGUUCAAAUGGCUAG